GCGAAUAUUACAGGCAGUGAUUAAUAAAUUAAAAAUGCCAAAACAGAUUUGUCCCUUUUCGCGUCCUGUACAUAUUUGACGUGUGUUUACAAAACAAGAGCUCCCGUUCAGAAGAAAAGAACUAUGCGCAAUAACAUUUCAUACUUCAGAUCAGAAUGAACUGUCGAUCAGAAGUCUUGGAGGUGUCGGUGGAGGGCAGGCAGGUGGACGAGGCUAUGCUGGCACUACUCCACACCAUUCUCCUGCAUCGCAGCACGGGCAAAUUUCACUAUAAGAAAGAAGGCACAUACUCCAUCGGCACUGUUGGAACCCAAGACGUGGAUUGCGACUUUAUUGACUUCUCAUUCGUGCGGGUGUCUUCAGAUGAGCUCGACAGGGUAAUAAGGAAAGCAGUGGCAGAGUUUAAGGAUGGCCUUGGCAAUUCUGGAAAUGAUGGCAUGGGUCAGAUCUCUCUGGAAUUCUAUCAGAAAAAGAAGUCACGCUGGCCAUUUUCAGACGAAUGCAUUCCCUGGGAGGUCUGGAGCAUCAAGGUCAACGUAGUGAACCUGGCCAACGAACAGGAACGGCAGAUAUGCAGGGAAAAAGUUGGAGAAAAGCUCGGCGAGAAAGUCAUUAACAUCGUGGAGGUUAUUAACCGUCACGAGUAUCUUCCCAAGAUGCCCACACAGUCAGAGGUCGACAACGUGUUUGACACCAGUUUAAAAGACGUCCAGCCCUAUCUGUACAAGAUCACCUUCCAGAUCACUGACUCUAUGGGCACAUCAGUCAGCACAACCAUGAGGAGACUUAUCAAAGACACUCUGGCUUUGUAAAGCUGCUGCAGCAUGAUGCUUUUCGGACCUUUGUGAUCUUGUAAAAAGAACAUGUACCACAGUCUUAUGACCAUUGCUGUGACCACAGCGAAUCAUUCAGAAUACAUAUUUUGUUUCUAUUACUUCUGGCUAAGUUAUUGCCUAAUUCAUGUUAGGAUUAAAUUGUUCCAACACUUC